AUGCAGAUGAUGCAGAACACGGAGAAGGUGAAGCAGGCCUCCAACACGCUCACCAAGGCAGAGCGGCUGCUGACGGAGACUGAGGAAACAGGCACGGAGGCGCUCCAAAACUUGCGCACGCAGACCGAAACGCUGCAUCGCAUUAAUGCCACGACAAUAAGUGUGAACGAGGAGAUUUCAGAGGCGCGCAAGAUCCUCACGCGCAUGCAUAGCACAAUGGUGAAGCACAAGAUAAUGCUGAUCGGCAUAAUCAUCGUCCUGCUGCUCCUCAUAUUUGUGGCCGUGUAUGUCUCUGUCUCGAAGCAUGCGAGUCAGCAGCCGGUACAGCCCUCGCAGAAACCGUCCGAGGCACCGCCGCUGCCGACGUGGAACCCGCAAUCAGGCGGCGGCAUUCCCAACGAUUGA